AUGGAAGCCCCUUUCUCUCCGGAGCUGUCCAAGACGAAGGCCGCUGAGUCGGAGGAAAAAUUGAAGAUCUGCUGGCCUAUCUUGAUCUACAUGGUGGUGUGUCAUCUUCUAGCUGUCUGCUGUGUAGUGAAGAUGUUCGUGGGACAAAGACCUAUGGUGAUCACCUAUCUCUGGACUGUCGUUCUCUGGUUCAUCUCUGGCCUUGGCAUCACCGCAGGAGCUCAUCGCCUGUGGUCCCAUCGUUCUUACAAGGCCGGAAUGGUCAUGCGAGGAAUUUUGAUGAUCUUUACCAGUAUAGCCAAUCAAGGCACAGUCCUGAAAUGGGUCAGAGAUCACAGGGUUCACCAUUUGUACUCGGAUACUCCAGCAGACCCUCACAACUCACAACGCGGCUUCUUCUUCUCACACGUCGGCUGGCUCCUGACUCAAACGCCCGAAAGGGUGUCCGAGUGUCUCAAAAAGAUCACCACGAACGAUUUGAUGAACGAUGGUUUCCUGGCGCUGCAGAGCGCUCUGGAUCCAUGGUGGAAUCUUUCCUGGUGCUUCAUCUUCCCUACGGUCUUUGCAUCGAUUUUUUGGGGAGAAACUCUUAUGAACGCCUUCCUUCUGGCCGGAGCUUUCCGCUACUGCUUCGUUCUUCACGCGACUUGGGCGGUGAACUCCGUAGUGCAUAGAUGGGGCGUUCGACCAUAUGAUCAGUCUGCCUUCACCACAGAGAACCCUUUCGUGGCGUUCUUCGCGUUGGGUGAAGGCUGGCACAACUGGCAUCAUGCUUUUGAAUGGGACUAUGCAACUUCGGAGAUGGGGGUCUGGCAGCAGUACAAUCCCACCAAGGCGUUUAUCGACUUCAUGUGUUGGCUGGGUUUGGCUUGGGGCAGGAGGAGAGCGAAUCCGAAGGGCUGGGACCAUAUGAAGGAGAGGCUUUCACGUAAGCUCGGACCCUCUUACAAGAUUGUCGAAGUCAAGAGAGGUGUGCCGCUGUUCCGCUACAGAGAGACUAAACUCGUUAAGGAGUCUUAAUGGCUCAAUGGUAACCCAUUUUCCACUCUACUAUACUAGACUAUAUUAUCGUCGACCGUCGAGUCGUCGUCAUGUCGUCAGUGUCCCUUGGUUUCGCCUAGUUCGGUUAAGGUAUAACCAGUUUUCACGGAGGUCUGGUUUUUUUCAUGGUUGCUGAGUUUCCUCC